AUGAAUUCUGAUUUAAAUCAGAAGAGAGUGUCAGGACUCAAUCUGAAGAGAGUGACAGAACUCAAUCGGAAGAGAGUGUCAGGUCUCAAUGAGAAGAGAAUGUCAGAACUCAAUCAGAAGAAGAAUGUCAGGAUUCAAUCAGAAGAGUGUCAGAACUCAUCAAUCAGAGGAAGAGUGUCAGGAUUCAAUCAAAAGAGAGUGUCAAAACUCAAUCAGAAGAAGAGUGUCAGAACUCAAUCCGAAGAAGAGUGUCAGGAUGCAACCAGAAGAGAGUGUCAGAACUCAAUCAGAAGAGAGUGUCAGCCUGUCAGGACCCAACCAGAAGAGAAUAAGUGUCAAGACUCAAUCAGAAGAGAGUGUCAGGAUUCACUUAAAAGAGAGUGUCAGAACUCAAUCAGAAGAAGAGUGUCAGGACUCAACCAGAAGAGAGUGUCAAAAUUCAAUCAGAAGAGAGUAUCAGAACUCAAUCAGAAGGGAGUGUCAGAACUCAAUCAGAAGAGAGUGUCAGCCUGUCAGGACUCGAUCAGAAGAGAAUGUCAGGACUCAACCUGA